AUGACCCAACGCCGUCUUGAUUCCGUACGAUCAAUGUACGAUGAGAGGAGUGAUCAAUACGAUGAAAAUGAGGUUCAUGUCAAACAAGCUCGCGAUUAUCUUCAGUGGGCUCAGCUGAAGGAAGGAGAAAGUGUGCUGGAUCUGGCAUGCGGAACCGGCCUUGUCGCCCUGGGAGCCAAGAGCGUGGUCGGUCCAUCGGGUCACGUUGUUGGGGUCGACAUCAGCGAAGGCAUGCUGAAUGUGGCAAGGCGCAAGGCUGAAGCUGAUGGUGUCGAAGUGCUGUUCCUCAAUCACGACAUAUCAGACUUUAGCGGUCUGGACAUCAUACCCAAGGGCUCAAGGGGGUUCGACGUGAUAACGUGCGCAGCGGCUUUAAUCCUCCUUCAGAAUCCUCUCCAAGCUCUCCGACAUUGGAAAACGUUACUGUGCCCUGGUGGCCGCUUCAUCACGGACGUACAAACCAAGGAUGCCAAUCUUAUUAUGAACAUCUUUGCAGCUAUUGCGCCCGAGGUAGAGGAGUCAGUGCCCUGGGAAGCGCAGCGCUGGCAGUCGCAGGAUGCGCUCGAACAACUGGUGGUUGAUGCAGGUCUCGUUGUGCAAAAGAUCUUCGAGACCGAUUCGUAUGCCACCACACGUUACGAGCGUGCCAUGGCACCAGACCUUUUCGAUCGAGCUGUCGUAAAGUCGAUGUUCAAGAACUUUGGCCGAGAGGCAAUCCGCGAGAAAGCGAGAGCACUGUUUAUAGACAGAAUUGAACGAUUUGCCAGGCCUUCGGGGACAGUCAAUGAGGAAUGCAGAUACUGGGUUGUCAUAGCCACGGUGCCGUAG